CGGAAAACCUGGACUUGUUCAAGCUAGCGGAUCACUGGUCUGAGCUGAUGUUGUUAUCUUACCUGUCAUCAUUCAGACAUAGCUGAAACUAAAGUUUUUGUCACUCUUUAUCUUCUUCUUUCAUCAGGUUCUAAUGUUAUGGAUGAACCAUGAAGGCCCAGUUGCAAGUUACUGUGCUUUCAGCUAAGCUGAAGGAAAACAAAAAGACCUGGUUUGGUCCAAGUCCAUAUGUUGAAAUAGCAGUGGAUGGCCAGUCAAAGAGGACUGAGAAAUGCAACAACACACACAGCCCCAAAUGGAAGCAGGCUCUCACAGUAAUUGUGACGCCGUUCAGCAAACUGAUAUUUCGUGUUUGGAGCCAUCAGACACUCAAGUCAGACAUGCUGUUGGGUCUAGCUACAUUGGAGAUCAGUAAGACCCUUAAGGCCAAUGACAUGAAAUUAUGUGAGGUCGUGCAGACACUGCAGCUGUGCUCUGAUAGAGACCCCCAGGAUCUUGUAGGUGACUUGUCAGUCUGUCUGGAUGGCAUGCAGGUAGACCCAGAAACCUUUGGCUUGGCAGAGCGAGAACAAGCUGCUCUUCCAAAUGGAAAUACACGGCAAAAUGGAGAUACUGGUGACAGGUCAAGCGGAGGCUCAUCACCUUCAAGUGACUCGGAUGAGUGGGUCAUUGUACCAAAUGUACAUGCUGUCAAUGGUACAAGUUCUCCCUCACGGUCUCCAGGGGGCUCCACUGCAUCACUUCCUUCUAGACCUACUCGACCGCCCCCUGCUAUGCGACAGAAACCAGCAGCUUCACCAUCCUCUUCUAGCAGUUCUUCUCCUAGUGAACUCAGCGAAGGCCCAGCUUCCGAUGGUUCCUCUCAGGCAUCGGCUAGUGGGUGUUCAGAUCAGCAGAAUGAAUCAAGUGCAAGAGCGGCAACAUCAAGUUCCUCAGAGACAGCAAGUGUUCCUAAACAAGGGGCCAGUGCCUCAGCAACAAUUCCCAGAGUGGCUCCCAUAAACAAUGGCCCCUUGCCCCCAGGGUGGGAGCAAAGAGUUGACCAGAAUGGACGGGUAUACUACGUGGAUCACAUUGAGAAAAGAACCACCUGGGAUAGGCCUGAGCCUUUGCCUUCAGGAUGGGAGCGCAGAGUGGAUCCAAUGGGUAGAGUUUACUAUGUUGACCACAUAACCCGAACUACUACAUGGCAAAGACCCACACAGGAGUCAGUGCGUAAUUAUGAGGAAUGGCAGCACCAGCGUAGCCAGCUCCAGGGAGCCAUGCAGCAGUUUAACCAGAGAUUCAUAUAUGGGCUUCAAGAUCAGUUUGCAGCCACAGCCAGUAAAGAGUUUGACCCACUAGGACCUCUGCCUCACGGAUGGGAAAAGAGAACUGACACCAAUGGUAGAGUGUAUUUUGUCCAUCACCCAACUCGCAGGACACAGUGGGAAGACCCAAGGACCCAAGGGCUGCUGAAUGACAAGCCUCUGCCAGAGGGUUGGGAGAUGAGGUUCACUGUGGAUGGUAUUCCCUACUUUGUAGAUCACAAUAGGCGAACAACAACCUACAUUGACCCUCGCACAGGGAAAUCCUCACUUGAGAACGGGCCGCAGAUAACUUAUGUCAGGGACUUCAAAGCCAAAGUGCAAUACUUCAGAUUCUGGUGUCAGCAACUGUCGAUGCCUCAGCACAUUAAAAUUACAGUUUCACGCAAAACUUUGUUUGAGGAUUCAUUUCAGCAGAUCAUGAGUUUCCACCCACAAGAUCUUAGGCGUAGACUUUGGAUAAUCUUCCCUGGCGAGGAAGGCUUGGACUAUGGAGGUGUGGCCAGGGAAUGGUUCUUCUUGCUGUCUCAUGAGGUGCUGAAUCCGAUGUACUGUUUGUUUGAGUAUGCUGGCAAGGACAACUACUGUCUUCAGAUCAACCCUGCCUCUUACAUCAACCCUGAUCACCUCAAGUACUUCAAGUUCAUUGGGCGAUUUAUUGCCAUGGCCUUGUUCCAUGGCAAAUUUAUUGACACAGGUUUCUCGCUGCCCUUUUACAAACGUAUUCUGAACAAACCUCUGGGUCUGAAAGACCUGGAGUCCAUAGAUCCAGAAUUCUAUAAUUCACUCAUCUGGAUCAAGGACAAUAAUAUAGAGGAAUGCGGUCUGGAGAUGUUCUUCUCCGUUGACAAGGAGAUACUCGGGGAGGUCACCACACAUGAGCUUAAACCAGAUGGAGGAAACAUUCUAGUAACUGAAGAAAAUAAGGAGGAAUACAUCAGGUUAGUGGCAGAGUGGAGGCUAUCCAGAGGUGUGGAGGAGCAGACACAGGCUUUCUUUGAGGGCUUCAAUGAAGUUCUUCCACAGCAAUACCUUCAGUACUUUGAUGCUAGAGAAUUAGAGGUGAUGCUGUGCGGUAUGCAGGAGAUAGACUUGGUGGACUGGCAGAGAAACACAAUCUAUAGACAUUAUGCCCGAACUAGCAAGCAGAUAAUGUGGUUCUGGCAGUUUGUGAAGGAGAUGGACAACGAAAAAAGGAUGAGACUUCUGCAGUUUGUCACAGGAACCUGUCGUCUUCCCGUGGGCGGCUUCGCUGAUCUAAUGGGAAGCAAUGGUCCACAGAAGUUUUGCAUUGAGAAAGUUGGAAAAGAAAACUGGCUUCCACGAAGCCACACAUGCUUUAAUCGUCUGGACCUCCCUCCUUAUAAGAGCUACGAACAGUUGAAGGAGAAGCUCAUGUUUGCCAUAGAGGAAACAGAAGGAUUCGGGCAGGAGUAAAACUACAAGUGCAAAUGUGUAGGAUGGUGGUGAUGGUGGUGGACUUGGAGGAGCCAUAUCCAUUUCAGACAAGAGCACUUUCCAGCAGAUUGUCUUUGUAGUCAGAAGCUGCUUAUGAUCUGGUGGAAGAACUUAUUAUUACUUACUUAUUGUUUGUCACAAUUGCAUAUUCAUAAAGAAAAAGCUGUAUUGUUAAAAAUUAGUUUGCUUCAAACGAGACCUUAAAAAUCCUCUUAACCUGGUUUCACCUCUUUCCUGUAGUAAGAGGUGAUCAGUUCAUUCCUAAUCCACUGUCAGGCGAUGGAGGCGGGGCCUUUCUUGCAUUGUCAUGUUUGCACUUGUAUGAAGACCGACUGCAGUUUCUACAUCUACAUGUGUGAAUAUGCAGUAGCAACUUAUGAGACACUUUCUGGUUCUAUGCAUGAGAAUGAAGAACCAUAUUUGUGCAUUUUGUCUUAAAGGAUGGAAGUUGAUAUGUUAAAAACAACAUCAGAGGUUCACACAUGGCUUUGAAUCUUUCCUUUUUUUAUGAAUGAAAUGGAUCCCCCCCCCGAUCGUUGACUGACGGACUGUAAAGACUCCCAUAGCACUUAUACAGUUUCUUUAACACUUUUUGCAAAUCAUAAUAAUAACUUUAUCUUAUUUUGACAGGUUUAUUUCUUAAAAUUUUAAAGAGUUAAAAUGCUGAGUACCUUUGCACAUUGUUGUGUGAGCAGUAAGAUGCUUUGAUUGUUCUUAAAAGAUGUGGUAUUUUUAUGUGCAAUCGUUUUGUAGAAAACAUUUUUCCAGAUAAGAGUCAAAGCUGUUUGAUCAUUUUUAUAACACUUUGAUAAGAUUUACCAUUUAGUGUUGAUUUCAAUUCCAAUAUGAAAUUGGUGACAUAUUUGGUGAAAUUAAUGUGGUUGUGAUUUGAGAAAAGAUUACCUUCCCACACUGUGCUGUAUGAAAUCAGAUUUAAGCGUGGAUGCUCAGCGCUUUUGUCAGUCAGGGAACAUGACGGGCUUUUCUUGAAAUUAACUUGUUACUGAUGACGUGGAAUGUCAAUGAACAAUUUCCAUGACAUGCUAACCGAUCUCUGCUAAUUGCCCAGAGCAAAGUAUUACAUGUGCUGACGCUGGGUUUCUGAGGUCACCACCUUUUUUUUUUUUUUCUCCCACAAAAUAGAUAAAAUGUGGCACAUUUAGAAGGAAAAAAAAAAGGUUUUUAAAAAAAAAAAAUUGCAUAUUUGUGUGUGUGUGUGUGUGUGUGUGUGUGUGUGUGUUGAUGUUGAUGUUAUGAUACCACAAUACAACAAAAAGGAGUAAUGACUAUUCUGAUUAUUAACAAAUUUAUCUGUGGCUAAGGCAGUUUAUGUAAAUAUACUCCAAAGUUUAAUCAAAAGAAAAGUGACUCAUUCUAGCAAUAGAACUUCUGAAGUUGCUGGCAAGAUGUGAAAUAAGAUCUGAAUUAUGAUAGCAAGUGCCCCUAGUUUUAUAGGGCGUAUGGCUUUCAGAUUUAUACAGUUGUAUUGUAUUUCAUGACUUUUCAAAAUGUUGUCUGCUGACAAAUAUAGUUUAUUUUAGGUAAAGUAUCACUUAAAUAAAAUUUUUGGAACCAGUCUACCAAAUGAGUUAAAUUAAUUAAAGAACCCUUAACAGAGGUAAUGAAUUCCGAACAGUCCCCCCAAAGUAAUUACACACUUGAUAUCAAUGGUCAGUACUAAGAGUUUGUUAUUUGUUUUACUUGUGGUAAGGUAUAGAAAUUAAAACAAAGGAGGCAACUGCUCUGUUCUGCUAAAAAGAAAAGAAAACAUAAGAAAAAAUAUAUUUUGUAUUUAAAACAGAUUUACCUUGCUGAGGAAUUGUGAUCUUCACAUUCACAUUUUAAUAAUUUUGUUGCCAUUAUAAAAACUUUACUUUUUUUCCCCCUUUUACUUAGAAUGUAGUUACACAAGUGAAUGGCAUCUGAAACAAAGAUGUAGCCAGUGAAAGUAAGCACAUUUUAAAAGAUUAUUAGGUCAGUAGGUCUUAAUAAAUUUGUAUAAACAGGAUUGAAUAAACAGACCCAAAAUCUAUAUUAUGAUUUCUUUUUUUUUAUUUAUUUAUUUUUCUUUCCACUGUCCAGCCCUCAAGCUGUGGUAGUGUGUAUGUUGGCAGCGUGGUGUAAAUUAUCUGCAGUAAUUCCAGUGUGUGGCCCAGAAAAUGAUUUUAUACAUGUUGUCUUUAAGAUACAGAUUGAAAUGUAAACAGACAAAAUACUGUCAUUUUUAAUGUACUUGUGUGUGAACCAUGUGGCUGUUUUUCAUUUCAUGUCGUCAGCACUGCUGGUAGGAAAAAAAAACAAAAAAAAAAAACUGUUCUCUGAUGUAAGCGAUCCCUCGUUGCCCUGAUGAGUACAUUCAUUCAGGCCACACCUCCACCGCCACAUACCAGUUUUUGCUCAUUUAAUUGUGUAGGAUGUUUCACUUGACUUCACCUCUAUUCCCUUACUGGUUGUACACCCAUACACUUGCAGUGUAGCUACUCCUGUGCAGAUUAAUGUAAAAAAAUAAUGCAUAAAACUUUUUUUUUUGUAUGUUGACUGUUGAAUAUUUAACAGGUAACAAUAUUAUAACAGCACAUUGACACUCGGAGUGGUUGAAUUAACCACAUCUGUGCUUAACUACCACUGUGGUCCAGGUCAUGGGGCAGAUAAAUAUAUUUAAAAAUAUGCAAAAUGGUGUUUGACUUGUUCUGAUUGCACAGUCAUUCGAAUAGUAGACUAACAUUUUUUUAUACACAAGUGGAAGUUUGUGGAUAAAUAUUAGGAAGAUGAGUUUCUUGUAUCAAUGGAUUUAGUAGAUUAAAAAAGAGCAAUAAAACAAUUAAAACAC